CUAGUCUGGCUGUGAUCUGCGUCAGUGCAGCACGGAUAUCUAGCGGUUCUUGAUUAUUUAGCGUGUUUUCAGCCUUCCACGGCCUUAAUUGACCUUCCAAGACCUUCCUAAACCUUCCAGCCCUUCCAUUGGCCCCCCAUGUGUGUGUGUGACCGCACGCGCGUGGAUUAUUUCGCGUGUAUGUGUGGAUAACUGUUUGGUACACGAGAUGUUUUGGUGUUGAAGAAAAAAUUACGUUUUCUCGUGCGUGCGUGUGUGUGUGCGUGUGCGUGUGUGUGUGUGUGUGUGUGUGUGUGUGUGUGUGUGUGCGUGCCCCAGACCCCGCCUCCCCCAGAUUCCCCCAGCUCACCCUACUGGCCCCAAACGCCCCCAAAAGAGAAGUGAAGACCACGUACUCUAGCCCCGCCCCAAUCCGAGCCCCGCCAAACCUAAUCUUGGUGGGUCUCUGGAUCCUCUACUUUACCUCUCGCGCGCUCACCCACGCUCCCCCCACGCUCACCCACGCCCCCACGCUCACCCACGAUCACCCACGCCCCCAACGCUCACCCACGCUCACCCACGCCCGCACACAGCCAUGCUUCUCUCAGAAAUGAUAAAUGUGCAGAGUGUGGCGAGUGUGUAUCAGGAAAUAACGGACAACAGGCAUAGGGGCACGAAUAAAGUGAACGUGGUGGAGGCCCUUCAGGAGUUCUGGCAGAUGAAGGCGCAGAGGGGAGCUGAGCUGAAGAAUGGCGCCCUUGUCAUAUACGAGUCGGUGCCCUCCUCCUCCCCCCCAUACGUGUGCUAUGUCACUCUCCCGGGGGGCUCCUGCUUCGGCUCCUUCCAGAACUGCCCCACAAAAGCCGAGGCUCGCCGAAGUGCUGCCAAAAUAGCCCUCAUGAACAGUGUCUUCAAUGAGCACCCCUCUCGUAGGAUCUCUGACGAGUUCAUUGAGAAGGCUGUGGCUGAUGCAAGGGCUCAGUUUAAGGGCGACCCUGAUGAGGCAGACAACCCCAGCACAGGAAUCGGGGCCUUCCGCUUCAUGCUGGAGACCAACAAGGGCCGCACGAUGUUGGAAUUCCAGGAACUCAUGACUGUGUUCCAACUUCUGCACUGGAAUGGCUCUCUGAAGGCCAUGAGGGAGCGGCAGUGUUCCCGACAGGAGGUCGUCGCCCACUACUCCCACAGGGCCCUGGACGAUGACAUGAGGUCACAGAUGGCUCUGGAUUGGAUUGCAAGGGAGCAGGAGAACCCCGGGGUCAUCUCCAGGGAGUUGGGUCAAAGUGAGAGGGAGUUGGAGGCCGCUAGGUUGGCUGGGAGGGAGCUACGCUUUCCUAAAGAGAAAAAAGAUAUUAUGAUGUUAGCCUGUUCCCAGCUCUCCCCCUCACCUCUUGAUCCUUAAAUGGGGUUCUACUGGGUUCUGUUAUCCUUCUCCCCCCUCCCCAUUGUCCUAUCUAUCCUCCAUCUAUCCUCAUUUGUCUCCUAUUCUCAUUUAUUUGGGUUCAUCUGAGUGUUUUUCAGUGUUCUGGUGGGUUUUUUUUAGGUUUUGUUGAGUUUCCCCUGUUAUUCUCUGGUUUUCUGUGGUGCUUGCUUGGUAUUUUUUGUUUUUUCUUGUUUUUACUUAUUUUUUCUCGUUUUACCUUCUCCUUUGUUUUGUUCUUGUUAUUUUUGUUUUUUUCUGUUUUUUUAUCUAAUUUUCUUUGUUUUCUUUCUCUUUUUC